AAAAAAAUAAGGUCCAAUUUUCCACACAAACUAGCAAGGUAACGUUGGUUACUUCAGUCUACCAGACGAUAGCUAACUGGAAAAAAGUAGCACUUGUGACAGCAGCACACCAUCCUGUGAACUAAAAUGAACCAUGCUCCUCCAGAGGCAGUGGGUCUUGACCCCGCUGUGCUGAGAGACGAACUCUUCGCGCUAUGGAACUGGAAAGAUCUGCAGACGCUACAUUUGGCAGCCCUCCAGGGAUUUUCAAAGCUGUCUGAGCCUCUGGAGGCUUUACUAACAAUCCUGGAGGGCUGUCCAGGCAAACAGAAGGGUCGGAGCCACACCCUCGGCCAUCACAUCCUCAUGGAAUUCCAAACAUGGAUGAAGGAACUUCCUCAGGUGACCCUGAGCUCACUCCCAGAGCAGCAAGCAAUGACGCUUCAACGUCGUGCUCUGAGCUUACUGACAGACACCCCGGCCAGCUUUGUAGACGGCCUCGUAAAUGUCUAUCAACUCAAUUCCCUGGAUCCAGCCAUACUCGUACUGUACAUUAUGAGGUUGCAGGCCCUUCGCUGCUACAAAGAGGCGGCCAUGCUCAGCAUAAAGCUGAAGUUACAGAACGAUCUGAAUAUGGAGGAGAUGUGUGUACCACUGAUCUUGCAGAAUAAGUUGCCUUUGGCAGAGUCCUUCGUCAUUGGCCACAAUCAUCUCGAACAACAACUGGUUACACUGCUAGACUCGUGGUGCCACCCCAGCUUCAGUGUGGGCGAGAUAAUUAAGCGCUUACCUCGCCUCGCUCUUACCAAACAGUGCAUGAGCCAGAUCCAGCCCAAACUGCUCACCAAACAGGUCUUCAGACUCAUGGAGAAGUUCAACAUUGACCAAGGACUGUGUCCCAAUGCUCUGCACAAGAGGAGAUUGGACUCUUCACGUUUCCUCAUGUACAAGACGUUUGUGCAGAAAAGCAUGACAGAGGAGAACUGGAGUGACCAUGUACAGUACGUCGUGGCAGAUGACCUUGAGCUGCAGAUCAAAUUGGUGGAGAUGUUGGUGAAGUACUCUGGUAUUCAGAAAGCCUCCCAGUGGUCACUGAGAUACAACAUCCCCAGAAACCGACUUCCCUUUGGGGUAUGGGAAACACAGCAGAAUCUACCGCCUGAUCUACAACCGAUAGGUUCGAGUGGUUCAGGUCAAACUGAGGAGUGGAUCCCGUCUCAGUCUCACUGUCAGAAGUUCUACCAGGUGCCGCUCACCAAAGACAAGGUUCAUUUUGUGGACUCGCCGGAAGCUCUUCAGAGAUGUGCAAACUUUGUGCUGAAGGAGGGUGGUGUUGUAGGAGUUGACAUGGAGUGGCAGCCCACGUUUGGCUGUAUCUCUACCCAGCAAGUUGCCCUGAUACAGCUUGCAGUUUUGGAUCAGGUUUUCUUAUUAGACCUUUGUGCAAAUGGAUUCUGUCAACACCCAGAUACUAUUAGUUUCAUCAGGACCUUGUUCUCCGAAAGGAACAUUCUUAAACUGGGUUAUGGUAUGUCGGGGGAUCUCAAGUGUCUCUUGGCCACCUGGCAGCAGCUUAUAAAGGAGCCAUUGAAGAUGCAGGGGAUUCUUGAUCUUUUUAAUAUACACCAAAAGAUCCAGCGUCAAAAGGUCAACAGGACUCAACAAAGACCCAAAGAGGUGCUGGUAGGAGAGAACUCUACAGAGAAAGGCCUCAGUCUGCUGGUACAACAGGUCUUGCAAAAGCCCCUAGACAAGACCGAGCAGAUGUCCAACUGGGAGAAACGGCCACUGCGCAUCAGCCAAAUUAGAUAUGCAGUGGCAGAUGCCUACUGUUUGCUGGAUGUGUACUCUGUCCUCUCCAGCAAACCAGCUUACUUUGGGCUACCAGCUGAUCUACUCAGCAUCGUAUCAACCCAAUCAGUAAAGAAUCGAGACAAGAAGGAGAAACGGGCCCAUGUCAAAGAGGAAUGUCAGGGGGCUCAAAGGGUCAGUCCCCCUCGCUCUGACACAGAGAAAGGCCUCCUGUGUGGCGAGAAGCCUUCAGAAGACGCCCCCCCUCUGCCCCCCCAGCACUUGCGGGUGGUGUGUGACAACAUGCUGCAGGGACUCGGGAGGUACCUGCGCUGUUUAGGAGUCGAUGUGCUCAUGUUGGAGAACACUGAUGAUCACAGAGUAGCAGCAAAGUUAGCACAAGCUGAAGGCCGUUUCAUACUCACGUGUGGACAACCGUUUCAAAGUUUGCGGUCCCAGGUAGGCGAGGGUCGUUGUCUGUCCCUCGACUGUUCAGAAAAGGCCCGAGACCAGGCUGUCCGAGUCCUCCGACACUUCAAUGUCCAGCUCACUCCCAGCGAUAUAUUCAGCCGCUGCCAGGCGUGUAACAGCGAUCAAUACGCGGCGGUGCCCAGGAAGGACAUGGUCAGGAUGCUGAAACAGAAAGGAUUUCUGCAGGACAACACUGACCACACACAACAACAGGAAGAGGAGACGCUCGAUGACAUUCUGACCCCCAGUGUGACCCCUGAAAUCCCCAGGUAUGUUCAGUGUCAAUGGGCCCCCCUCUCAGAGCUGGACCCCGACACCCUGACCUUUCCCGGGGGGGCACCCGUACAGCUCCACACCGUGCCCCCUGCUCUCCUGCCGAGGAUACCGCUCUUCUAUGUCUGCACCAGAUGUGGCAAGGUGUUCUGGGAAGGCUCUCACUUUGGCCGCGUCCUCUCCAUGUUUCAGGACAUCUUACACGUAACAGACGAGGACACUGAACCAGCUGCAGCGGCACAGAAGCACUGACUUUACCUGACGCUCAAAAACAUCCAAAAUAAUAUUUUACUCUUUUAAAACCUGGCUGCCGUGAAAUCCAAUUUAAUUGCCUCGUAUAUUUCAGUUUUAUUUUGUAAUUGAGAAUCGACUCAUAUUCAAAUUUAACAGUCAUACCAUAAAAACGCAUGUGUAUAGUUUCAACAGUUUUAAAACUAUUGCGUUUAUAAGAGUUUAAAACUCAGCGAACCAAAGACGGUUAGCGCUGCGAUCGCGUUUUAAAUUUGAUUGUAUUUUCUGUUCUUCCGCAUUUGUGAUGAUUUAUGUUUUGGAUCGUAUUUGAGAUAAUUUGGAAGAACUUUCCCUCACCAGGGAUUUAUAUCAUCAAACUAUAAAGCGCUUUGUUAAGUUUAGUUUCGUUUAACACAUUUUAAAACUUUGAUCAUUGUUUUAAUUUGAAAAGCAGCAGUUACAUGAUGACAGGACUCAGUUCUUUGGACUUCGUAGCAGUCGUACUGUACAUUUUCAUUUUCCUGUCAUUUCAUCUGUAGAAUUUUUACUUGUUUAGCUGGAAGCUGAAUAUGUAUUAAUAAAGUGCUUUUCAUUUCAUUUAA